UUUCAGCCCCAUCCUUCGGUUUAUUUAUUGCGUCCUCCUUGACAUUAUUCGUUUGUGAUUGUUGCUUCAAGACAUCAGUAUGUCGUUUGUAACCGGCAACAGAUAUUUCAGAACAAAGAGGAAGCAAAGUUGUAGGUCCAGAGGACAUAUUAUUUAUUAUGCGCAAAGAUCCAGUCAAAUUGCAACGAAUAGUGCACUAUAUGGGAGUUCGUGAUCUUUACCAGCGUGCACGAACUAGCACUUCAGGUUCAUCUGCAAGUGAGCUACAGGAAUUAAGCACUGAGGGUGGUGGAGAAAUUUCCAGAAAAAAAAUAUGCACCAAUUUUCUUCAAAGUAUUGAUCAGACUGGACAGUAUGAACCUCUCUAUUCAUCAUCCAUAUUUGAUCCAGUCAAGAAUGAAAGGGCCCAUCGAUUGAACGUUAUGACACAGGGCAUGUCAAAUCAGAGGUAUAAAGAGUACUGUGAGGCUAGAAGAGCUUCAUUUUGUCCAAGGCUGAGAGUCAACAAAUUCCGAGAAUGGCUUCUCCGUGAUGACAAUAGUGAAGUGAAACUCUCACAGCUUGUGUUGGAAAUGCUAAAUCGCUUAGCAUAUGAAACAGUUGCUCAGAUUGUAGAUCUUGCUCUUCUAGUGAAGAGAGAUGCUAUGGGCCGUAAUUCUGACCUCUCCCGCUUCCGCACACCUACUGUUCUCAACCCUGACUAUCCAUGUGUGUUUAUUCAUCAGAGUGGCUCACUGCAGGAGGUAGGAUCUGGUGAAGACCACAGUAUAGGGAUGGACCCCAUAACACCUGCAGAGGUGAGGGAAGCAGUCCGAAGGUAUUGGGCCAACAACUCCCCACUUUCUCCAUUCUCGAAGACAAGAUCACCAAUUGAGACAAGGCUCCUGGCUGCUUAGAGGUUUGCAGGAGGGCGAGUUGGACGACCUAGACUAAUUGUCCGGGGCGAGAUAGUAGAGGUUCCGAACGGUCAAAACAUCUCGUCCAACUGGUCUGGAGGAGCAGGACGAGCAGUUCUGAACACAGCAAGAGAUAGAUAUGCAUUUUCUUUCUUACAGUAUCUUACAGAGAGGCAGAAAAUAAAAGCCAGAACCCAGGCUGAUAGUAUCAGUGUGAGGAAUAAGGGGUCUCCUUGGAUACAUAACACUUACAUAUUGCUAAAAAAUGAGCUCAUUACAAAUGUAGGUAUUCACUACAACAAAUCUGUGGAAAAGGGAACACAUAAUCUUUGGAAAGUCAAUCUCUGCCCUUUGUAUCUGCUUAGCUGGUGGUAGUAUCCCAUGCCCUUGUUCCUUUAGUUGUACAGCAUCCAAUCACAGGGACCUUGGCUUGCCACUUACUAAUUUAGGUUAUCAUUGGCUCACUCUCACUGUUGGUGCAUGUAUGCCUUAGAUAAAUUUGAUACAUGGUGUAUUGGUGUUAUUAGUAAAUUACAUGAUAGAUGAAAAUAACUAAUAUCAAACUGGUCUUUCCAGGAGAUAUCAGGCACCCAGAAGACUUGUCAUCUGUGUAAUAAUUUAUUAACUAUGUAAAAUGUUUAGGGUUACAAAUAAAUUUUAAGUUACACUGUGGUACCUGCAUUUUUGGCAUUAGCAUUUGGAUAUUGUUUUCAUAGUUACAUGAAAUACAAAUAAAACAUUUAAUUUUGCUCAAAGCUUAGCAUGAUAUAGACCAUGAACCUAGCCUCCACAUACAUAUAUAGUUUUUAGUAGCAUUCACUUAACCAUAAAUCAAAGUGUUGUCAACAGUUGUCUUAUUGUUUUUUUCUGACUAAAGAAACAAUAAAUAUUUUACUUUCUGCAA